AUGUCUUCACUUGAGCUAGAAGCCGUCAAUCGAGACAAGGAUUCAGAUCCUCUCACCUUGACCGUGACACCGGGGAAAGAUGUGGUCGGCAUUCCGUUCAACCCCAAAGUCAAACAUUGGCAAUUUGCAUCUCCGUUAUCCAAAGUAGCAUUAAGAGCAGCCGACUUCAAAAGCGCUCGGGCGACUUUCAGGUGGCCGACAUUGUCGACGACGUGUGAAUACGAUCAGAUCGGAUUGCUGUUCGUUCGACCUCUGCCAGGUUUGCCAGCCCCCGAUGCCGAACAGCCCGGUGAUGCCGAGUCUGCCCCUUACUAUAUCAAAUAUGGCCUGGAAGUCGUUCGAGGGCAACCAAUCAUCGCUGUGGCGGAAUCCAACCAUCUACUGGAUUGGUCAACAUGGCCAACGACCCCGAAACAUCUCGAGUCUCUCACUAUUGAGUUCUUACGAUAUGGCUCUGGGCUCUUGGCGCGGUUGAUUCCACCAGCUGACGAGGCUGGUGCUGGGAAGCAAGAGCCCACUACCAUCCGACUCUUCACAUGGCCACUGGCGAAUCUCCGAGAUGCGGACCCGAAUAUCUGGAUAUGCAUCUACGUUUCCCGACCGGAUACCAACAACACCGCAACUGAGGGGUUUUCGGCCACAUUCGACGACUUCCAGGUUGAGACGGUCCAAGGUUCUCGAUUGUAG